CACAUGUCUCCGUGGUUAAAUCCCGCAUUCACUGUCAUUCUCUUGCACUUUCGGCGAAAGCCAGCGAAAGACGGAAGCCCCAAGGAAAGUUAGGACUGCACUGACGAAGAAGAAAUCUCUUUAAAGAUGGGGAACGGCGAUUCAAAAAUUGUAAGUAAAAUUUUGUAGCAGGUCUUUGUAACUUAUUAUGUAUUUUAGUAGUUCCUUAUUUUUUAAAAUUCGUCGCGUAAAUUAAAUGAAUUGCUCCUCGAUUCAGGGGAAGAAGCAAGGGUCCUUUGGAUUAUUUUCUUGUGAUUUUUAUGUAUGCAUAUAUCUUUUUUUUGGUGCAAUUUUAAGAACCUUACCAGUAACCAAAGUGAUAAUAAUUUAGUAUAAGUGUUACGCAUCAGCAGUAGAUCGUGUUUUCUGUUGAGGCAUUACUUGUCGGUACGUCACACCACAUAGAUCCACUUAAAACCGCAGGCUUAACUGACUGUUCCUCGGUCCAAAUAAUCGUUAAAUGCAGAAUUUUGUACUGAAAAUUAAGACACGCAUGAUAGCAAGAAAGUUACCUGCACGCUGCGUUUUGUGUGAAUUGCAUACGGGCGUUUUCGGGCGCUUCAAACUGUUAUGUGCUCCUUCCGAUUAAAAGCAUUAAAAACGUCAAAAUUCGCAAAUCGCUAAAAGACCAAGAUACGAAUAAGAGGAAAUUAUGAGCACUUCUAAAAAGAACCAAAGGAGGCGAAUUUAGGGCAUACAAAUGGAGAGAAAAUAAGAUUUUCUCCUGUACAGAUAAUGUAAAUUUCUGGGAAAUAUACUUCCGCUUGCGAUGUAACGAAUUCCAGGAAUUAGACAACUCUUUCAUUUCAUUAUUUUUUUCUUUUUUUUGUCGCAAAUACUACCACCUUCUAAAAACUAAUGCAAACUAAUUCCAAACAAAUUCAUUAGCGCAUUUCUAGAAUUUUUUUUCUUUUUGUCAGCAAAGAACAUGUGAUGUAGCUUUUUUUCGUCAGGCUAUUUGUUAACAGUCACGCGAUAAGUUACUUUUCAAUUAAAAUGGUCACGCGAUGCUUUGACGAAAAUAUUUUCACAUGAAAACGAAUAUUAUGUGUUGUGGUUUAAAUUUUACCUUAUUUUCUUUUACUAACAUUAUCAUACAUUACCAUAAACAAAAAACAAACGAAAAUAAAAUUUAAACCAAGGAUAAAAUUACAACAACAUAUGUAUAAAGAGUUCUAUGAAACUUUUAGAUUUCAGGAGCACUUUCUAGGAGAUCAAAAAAGACAAGUCGGUUAGUGCAACUAUUACAACUUCGCGGAAAAGAGAGCAUUAAGUUUUCCUUUAUAAAACAGCGGCGAUGGUAUUCGAAAGUUCUUUGUGUCGGUUAGCUGGUAGGCGUUAGUGCCCAAUGAGUAAUUUUCCGACGGACAUGUAUCUGGGAAUUAGCUACUUUCGCAUUGCCCAUAAUACACCUUCCAAAUCGCUCGCGUAAACGGCAGUUUGGCGAGGCGGGGGGACUCAAAGACCUGAUUUCCGGAACUUCGGAGAAUGACAGCUUGAUUCAUUGGAACAAAAGAAAGUUUUUACAUAAGAAAAGAGUUCAAUUCCCACAGGGUUGUCUUGGUACACCAACAUGGCCGCCGUUUCAUUGUUUUGGAACACCAAUAUGGCCGCCUUGACGUCAUGUGAAAACCCUCUAUACAGUUCCAUACAGAAGUACACUGUACACUGCUGACCCCGGAGGGGGGAGGACUCCGCAUAUGAAAGUGAGGGGAUGCUCAUCGUCUCGCUUAGGGGUGUAAAUUUCGGAUUUUGGUCUCAUUUAGGAUGUUCUGGGGAAAACGCCAUCAUACUUAGCCGUGAAUGUCUCGUUUAGGGUUGCACGGGAAAAAAUAUAAAAAUAUAUAUUUGAUAUGUAUAUUUUUAAGCCGUUUUAUUUACUCCAUUCAUAUAAUCCAAGUUUUCUCAUUUUUCUGUGUUUUAACAUGGCCUCUUUUAGGGAUCAAAAAAGCUUGGGCCACGCCCAGAUCGGUCUCCUUUAGGGGUUUAAUUCAAAAUUUCCGACGAGCAUCCCCACCCCUUUCAUAUGCGGAGUCUACCCCCCUCCCGGGCUGUUGACAGCCUUCUGUCUAUUGCGUAGUUUUAUGAUUCGAUAAAUGGCCGAUCUGGUUGCGUGUGUCUAAGUGGAGCGAGAUGGGGUGGGAUCACUGGGAGGAAAGAGAACUUCAACUGUCUUUGAUUUUGUUUUCUCUCUUGCCCACUCCCUGUAACCAUAGUCCCUCGCUUGUCGCGUUCUUUUCGCACGUUUGUGGCCUCUUCUGUUUGCAGAUUGCGUUAAGUAAAUAGAAAAGCUGAGAAGAGUCUACACACUGUCUAUAAAAGAGAUAGACAUGUUUGCUUAAUGGAACUGCACGUCUCAUCUGUAUAUUCGAUCGAUUCUGAAACCGAGGAUUAAAAGUUUCUCGCGUGUUGGUUAACCCAGCCAAAGCAAUAAGGUAGUAUUUAUCUUUUUGUUUAUUUACCUAUUUGUUUGUUUGUAAUUGGGACAAUAGAAUUAUGAAACAGUGGACAGAACAGAUCCAGAUGCGGCACGACAAGGCCGAGAACAAGCCGAAGAGGAAAAUCAAGAAAGGAUGAGAAGACUCCAGAUUGAGAUGCAAAGAGAUCGCGAACAGGCGAUACUUGAAGCACAAGAAAGGGCCAGGUGUGAAGACGAGGAGCAGCGAAACCGAUUAGAGCGUCAACGUCUUGAGAGAGAAGAAAGGGAGCGACAGCGAAAGGAGGAGGAAUCAUUUUGUCAGCUUAAAGAUGCUCUGAUGAAUUACAACUUGCAGGAAUCCCCGAGGAUUAAAAAGGAAAGUUUCCGUGAUCUGGAUAUAGGAGAUAUGGAUGGAGUGCGUAUAGCUUUGAUCGGACCGACGGGUUCGGGAAAAACAUCCUUCAUUGGUAAGAGUUUUCCUUUAUAUUGAAAAACAACAUAAAAAUCAACAAACAAUAAAAAAUAAAGAAUUAUUCCUUAACACACUUUUCGAACCAUUUUGAAGUCAAAGCCUUCGGACUCGUUAGGGGUAGAAUAUGGAAUAGGGAGGAGAAGUCGUUACGUCAUGUUGCCAUGGUAACAAAAUUUUAUCCGAAAGGACCGUAUCUACAACCUCAUCCCCAGGGCUUUUUCCUCAAUGGGUGGGGCACCCAUUUUUUGAGGGAAAAGCCCUGGGGACGAGGUUGAUAUAAAUUAGCUUCGCAGGAAUAUUUAGGCUGUACACGUGACCAGCCGAUGCCAGAGCCUUUUCCCUCCCCACCCAUUUUUUGAGGGAAAAGCCCUGGGGACGAGUUUGCCGUAUCUAUUGAAGUUUUGCUUAAGCUAUCCAAACAUUUAGCAGCCAUGGUAACUUGACGUAACACUUCUCCUCUAUUUCUAAGCUCGUUCCUCACUCCUCAGACGUCAUUUCGCGCGUAGACUAGAAACCAUUGAAACCUGUGCCUCUUUAUCAGAAAUUCGUACGAGAAGGAAACUAGGCGGUGUAAAGUCUUCUACAAGGGACAGGGAAAGAAUUUACCAAUAGCGGACCGGCGUGGUACUACUUGGUGUACGACUGCCCAAAAUGUCCCGAGCCACUACCCACUACUAUUCAUGUGAGUCUUACACCAAGUACCUACCCGACCGGCGCGUCCCCAGUAACAAUCCCAGAAACAAUUGCGGGACACAUUUCGGCUCCAGUCCCCUUCUCGUGUCUAUAAAAGAAGCGAAUCACACCACCCUCAACAGACCUUGUCACGGUUUUUGGAAGCCAUCUUGACGGGUGGACAACCGCGUCAGAAAUUACAGUGCUUGUAUUAGAAUCUAAUAUCGAAUAAUUUCCGCAAAACGGCUGUUCUAAAAAAAUAUAUGAAUUGUAAACUAAAGCUUCACUGCUAACGAUUCUACUGAAAAAAUUUGAGUGCGUUAUAUGCAGCUACAUGCGCUAGAACCACUUUUUAAAUUUUUUUAUACAUUUGUCUGUAAGAAAUUUUCUUCCUGCCAACUAAAAUUUCCCGGGAAAAAUUACAGACAAUUAUAUGAAAAAUCUAGCCAAGCGUCUGGAGAAAUUUAAGCACAGUGACGGCCCCCAAAAUUUGUUAUGAAGAUCCUUUGCUGUGUAGCUUUAGUUUACAAUUGAUUUUUUUUUUCAGAACAUCCGUUUUACGGAAAUUACUCGACAUUAGAUUCUCGUACGAACAGUGUAAUUUCUCACGCGGUUGCCUACUCAUCAAGAUGACUUCCAAAACCGAGAUAAGACCUAUUAAAUCAUAUUGAUUCUGUUCGUACAGGUACCAUACAGCGAUCUCUCAGUGGAGACAGCCACAGGCAGACCGCCUUUGAACAAGGCGAGGGAAAAGAAGGCACUAUCAUUCUUGAAGACUACAACUUGCAUCCACAAAUAAGUCUCCUGGAUACAAGAGGAUUUUUUGACAGCGAUGAAAAGCUUAUGGACGAAUGCCUCAAUAUUAUGUCGGGAAGGUAAUUAGUGUUCUACCCCGGGGGGGUGGGGUGGGUGUUCUACAAACCCCGUUCCUAUUGAGAGUGACGUUUGAUAUGUAAGUGAAAAGGGUGACUCAGAAGAUUAUCCAAGUUACCCCAAAUAGAUUCGAACCUAUGAUCCUUCACACUAUACUAGAUGGCUUUUUCGCGCCGGCACAAAAACCAGGGGCACCCAACGACAAUUUUCGGAAAAAUAUCUGUUCGGAAGACGAUUUGAGAUCUAGAAUUUUCGGAACAUUUGAUGUAAAAUUUCUUGCUUGCCUGCCUCUCCUAGGAUUUUCGAACAUCUAAGAAAUGGUAAAAUUGCCCAUUUUCAACGGAUUUUUACCCUAAGGGACUGGUCAAAAAGUAUAGAGGGGGGUGGGGGGGUGGGCCGGAGCAUUUGGAAAUGUGGUUGAUAAAAAACACAUGACCCACCCCCUCCCUUCGGCACAAAAAUGACUGACCCACCCCUAAAGCAAGGUUGGAAAUUGCAUGACCCACCCCCUAGUUAAAACAUGGAUGUUUGGUUUCCUCUUAAUAAUCCAAUAAAACCUUGUUCUGUGCUUGACAAAAUUUGUUGAUAUACUGCUACAACCAAUAUCAAAAUCACAGAAAUCAUACCUUUCACUGAAAAGACAAAUGUGAAAAACCCAACAUUCCUUGUUUCGAUGGACGUUAUGAGUCUUGACACAAAUAUACAGCAAAACGAGGGUAUAUUGAAAUUGUCUGUCACAAAUAAAAAUUUCUACAAAGACAACCCAAUCCUACACAUUACUUGCUGGAAAUGCUUAGAUUAAUCGAUCCUCAAAGAAAAUUUCUUCCACUUCAAUGGAAAGGACUACCUACAAAACCAUGGAACUGCAAUGGGCACAAAGACAGUAGAUUUGAUUCCUUUGCCGAUAUUUUCAUGACAUACAUUGAAACAACAACUCUAAGCAAAACUGUCUUUAGAACAACAGUUUGGAAAUGCUAAAUACACGAUAUUUUUGCCCUAUGGGACAUGAGUAAACCAGACAUCGAAACCUUCAUUGAACAAGCAAACUUACAUCUCCCAACUAUUGAAUUCACGGCCGAAACAUUUGACACUGAGACUGCGUUUUUAGACACGGUUGUAUACAAAGGCACAAGAUUCAAGGAAAAAUCUAUCCUUGAUGCAAAGACACAUUUUUAACAAAGGCAAACCUUCUUGCACACACAUUUCACCUCGUGUCACCCUCCAGAUGUUAAAAAAGGAUUUGUCAAAGGAGAAGCCUUGAGAAUCCUACGAAAAAUCUCCUCAGAAACAACCUUUGAGAAAAAUAAUUCAAAUUUAAAAAAUAACACUUGAUGGACGGAGGCUAUCCACAAUCUUUGAUAGAAAACAUACUAUCAGAAAUAAAAUUCGCAAAAGGGAGUCUAAACUCCUAAAACAAAACAACAACGAGGAAAAAGAAAUAUUGCCAUUCGUGACACAAUACCAACCCUCAGUGUGUACUAUAAAGGAAGCUUGAAUGAAAAAAUGGAAUCUUAUACAAAACCAACUGUAACCUCAAUAAAUUUUUAAAGAAACACCAAUCAUUUUCUUACAAAAAAGGAAAAUCAUUAAAGGACAUGCUCGUAAGAGCCAAAAAAAAAAAGGUUAAGGGUUCCACGCCCGUAUAGAUGUACGGCCUGUCACCCUUUUGUACUUUCUCGCACAACAGGUUUGUGAGUAUUUUAGCAAUAAUUCCAGCCGGCUGUGUUUUAUAUAACAAGUGUAGUCAACUGUCUCGUCAGUAGUUAGUGCCUAUCUAUGUAAUAAAAUAGGGUGACCCACCCCCUAAGGGUAGCUGAAAAUUGCACGACCCACCCCUUGCACAAGGCUCAAAACCUCAUAACCCACCCCCUCUCUACUCUGGCCCACCCCCCUCUAUACUUUUUGACCAGUCCCUAAAAAGGUCACCUAGAAUUUUCGGGAGCCUUUUUUCUGGCUGAAAUUUUCGAACAGGUAAGUUUUGAUUCCUAUAAUUUUCGGAUCAUUAGACUUUCAGCUAGGAAAUCCGAACAGAUGAAAAAUUUAUAGGGGAUAAAAAUAUGCCCAUAUCCACCGUUUAAAUACUAAAAUACGUUUAACAAUGCUAUGUUUAAGUGGUUUUGAACUAUAUUCUCGUUGGGUGCACCUGAAAAACCAUACCGGGGAUGGCUUCUGUUUUCCCAACACACAUAAGAACGGUGAUUUCGGCGCGAUUUCUGUGACGGAACGAGGCUGCGCCCCGUCGAUCUCCAAAGUGGAGCGUCACAUUUGAGUUUCCGGGAACGAAAGCUAGUUUAUGUCACAAGGUAAAAAAAAACAUGAAAUAGACUAUUAUACACUUUUUCUAUCAAACAAGUGAAUCUGAUAGUCGCUCCGGGCGUUUGUAAGUUCCAACCUCGUUCCCAGGGUUCUCUCUUACCCGUCCCUACGGAGCGAGAGAGAGAACCUGGGAACGAGGUUGUGUAAGUUCAUGUGAGGGAAUCCAAGACAGUCUUGGAUUCUGGAUUGCAUGCCAUGGAUUCCGGAUUCCAGGUACUGGAUUGCAGUCUUUGUCAGUGGAACUUGGACUCUGGAGUAGUCCAAUCGUUAAAAGGAUUCCGAAUCCCUUGAGCUAUAUUCCGGACUCCAAAGCCUAGGAUUCUGGAUCUCACAAGCAAAAAUUUCCUGAAUUCCGAAAUCCGAAUUCUCUAACAUGAGGCGACAUUUACCAUAAAUAAAGUUUUGCAUUUUUCUCAAUUUAAGAAUUCGUCCAGGUGAAGAGAUCGAACGAGGCUAUGACGGAAGUAAAGACAAGGGUAAAGGGGGUAAUCCUCAGACAGGAAGAAAAGCUCCGCAUCUCUCCAAAUAUGCCCAUGCAGUGAUCUUUGUAGUGAAGGCAAAUGAUCCGCGGUUGAAGGACGGCAAGUACAAGAACGCUCUGCAGAAAAUGCGAGAGCAUUUCAGGGAAGACGGUAAGGCUAAAGUUUUUUGCUAUCUUUAACUUUGUUCCCUAACACACGGUCUAUAAUGACCUACAUUAGUGGUAGUGGUUCAGCUUUUUGUUUUCUUCGCAAAUCGACCGAAAUCAACCGUCUUUUCUCUAGGACCCUUCAGCUCGAAAAAAAUUCAGUGGUUAGAGCGUCCGAACUAGAACUCGGAGGGUCGUGGGUUCGAUUCUCACCUGGAGCUCGGAAAAUUUUUCUGAGCUUUCUGGUGUUUGAAUUCUCCUUCUUCUUUAAUUGAAUGAACAAGAAUUAUCAUUUCGAACGAAAACGAAGAAUUUAGUGGUGUGACAGGUGCAUUUCGAACCUCUUUUAUGGUUGGUGGACUUUGAUCCCUAGCAUUUUAGGUGUUAGCCUGCGAAUGCAGCCUUCUCUCCUCGCUCCUCGCUGCUAGGGACGUCUCGUGUUUCUCUAGCGUGGAGCGUGGAGGCGGCUCUAUCAGUUCGCAGGCUACAAUUGUGCCUUUAGGAGCUGUUUUCUCAGCGCCGCCGAUUGUUUGCUGUGUUCGCUGAGGGUGGAGAUUUGCGCUUCUCUAUUAAUGUUCUGAAGGUUAAGUGUUAUGUGGCUAGCUUGCCUUGCCUUCGAAUAGCUCCAGAUAACCGUCGAAAUAAAUUUGGACAGCUUACCCCCCCCCCCCCCCCCCACCCCCCCUCCCCAAAAAAGAAGAUGUUAAAUAUUCUGAACUAGCCCGCGCUUAACUCUGUGGUUAAGUCCGUCUGCGAAACAGCCCGGAAAUCCUUGUUCUGGGCCCCCACCUGUGUACCAGGAUUUGAGUUCGCUCUAUGAUUGACCUGUUAAAAAAGCUUUUGUCGAUUUGCCAAUCUUUGUCAAAAGGAAAUCCGACACGCAUUUCCGGUGAUUCGUUGAAUCUGUUGGAGGCCCCGAACAAGGAUCUCGGCGCUGCUUCGCCGACGUUACGUAACCCAAGGUUAAAUUACGUCUGUGACGCAGGCUUUUGUGAACUCUAUCUUAUAUUGUUGGCAUUCAGGCCCGGGGGGGUACUCCCAUACAUUACCUAUACGGGUAUGUGCCGCCCAACGGGGUCGUGAUUUUGAAGCUCCUGAUUUAGAAAGGGGUAUGCAUUUCAGAGGCGUUUUCUAGAACGGGGUAUAAUUUUUCGAACGCACGAAAGCUCCAGUUUGGUAAGCAGCCAUUUGAAAUUAUUCAAGGACAGAUUGCCUUUAAAAAUACGGUUCAAUGCGUUAACAAGCAAAUUGUUGUACUCUUGUUGCACUUUAAAACGGAGUAUAAAAAAUUGGCCCAUUUCUAGAACGGGGUAUCAGUUUUAGCGCGAAUUCUAGAACGGGGUAUAAAGAAUUGGCCCCUUUCUAGAACGGGGUAUCAAUUUAAGGGGAAUUUUUUUUUAGAACGGAGUGCCAAUUUGGAGUCCCGGGCGGCACAUACCCACCCAAAAAAUACCCAAGUGUCCCCCCCGGGCAUUCAGGCUGGGCAUUCCCUUGAACGCUUGAUCAAGCGUUUUUGAACCUAACGACGUCCUGCUUGAAUGUUGAAUGUGCUUUCACCUUUUUAUUCUAUAGGGUAUGCCCCGGUGACAGUCAUCACUUAUCUCGACAAGCUGAGAAACGAGGAAGACAAAAACAACGCUUUUGACAUGGCUUCGUGGGCGAUUGGUAGUUCCAGCGAAAGAACCUUCUUCAUUUCGAAUUACACGCAUACUAGCAGCGACACGUCCUUGACCGUGGAGCGAACGGCUCUCGACAUCUUGGACUUUGCCUUGCUUUCUGCUGAAAGGUUCAUACGGAUCAAAAAGCAGCGAGAGAAAAAUCAGAGGGAAAGGGAAAUUGCAGCUGGAGGUAAUUUCUUGGGCGGUGGCUCAUGCCGGCACUUGUUUCUUCCGUUUGUUUUCACUACAGUCUUUCUGUAAAGGAACAACUCAGCAAUGUCAUAACAAAGCUCUUUGAAAUAUUUUCCAGUCGGGUUUCUCAUUAAGGAAGCGCAUCUUUAAAUCAAUGUGUAAAUCAAAUGUCGCUCAACAAAUAACAUACACUUGAUGGCAGGCCAGAGGGAAACAGUUUUGAUUUGUUUCUAAUGAAGAAAAAAUUGUACAAAUAUAUGAAGUAAAUAUCCGAGAGCAGUCAACUUUCGUGUGGGAAACAGCGUAUUUACCUUCCAACGUCAUAGAUUUUGCAUUGCCCCCUCAAAAACUUUCGCGGGGAAAACUUUUCUAUUUUUAGAUAUCAUGUGACUUCGACGUAACCAAUAAGAGGUCGACCUGUUAGGGAAGAGUCUCUUCUCUUGGCCAAGUACAAUCAUUAAUAUGUAAUCUCCAAACAUAAGUUUCUCUAAUGCCCUUUGCUGUAUAUUUGAUCUUCCUCAUAUUCCUCGUGUGGAGCCCAUAACAAUUUCCUAAUUACUCAAGAGGUUUGUGUGCAAUAGAGCUUUUUCACUCAUAGGCCAGCAUCUAUGCUAAUUUAUUGGAAGAAAAGGAAGCGUUUACAUAAGAGAAGAUUUCAACUUCCAGAAGAUCUUCUUGGUACACCAAUAUGGCCGCCGUGACGUCAUGUCAAAAUGCUCAAUAACAAAAGAGGCUAAGAUCAGGCUAAGAUGAAUCUCGAAAUUCUUCUUAUAGAUUUUUUGUAAAACUUUGCAACAGACAAUACAACAACGUAGCGUAGAGCAUUUCCAGAGAAAAUGCGAAUAAGCACUGCAAUUCGAUUAAGAGCUAAACACAUUGUGACAUGAUGUUCAUUCCGAUCGGGGAAAAAAUUAUAUAUUCAUAGUAUAGUUCAGUCUAUGUGUAAUCCAUGUGUUAUAAUGUAUUUGCAUUAGAGACCAAUCUGCUUACGUACAAGAGGUCCAAGGGUGGAGGGUUUGCAUAAAAACAUACUAGGUCGAGCCACCUUAACGUGCUCUCUUUUUUAUUAGGAGCCAGUAGUGAGGCGGAGACAGUAGAACAGUUUUUCGCCCGUCUGAGAAAGAAGUACAACUGGACUGACCAGGGCAAAAUGAAAGAGGUGGUGUCGGAACUACGUAAGAAUGAGAUCAAUACCGUCAAGGUUCUCAAGGAGUUAUGGGAAGAAGUCAAGGGCGAAAUUCCGCUGUCCAUUGGCAUGAAGAAAUGUUUGGAAGUUGAAAUCCAGAAAGUUUGA